AUGACCGAAGUCAUUGCCAUUGAUACCCGCAAAUCCGUGCUAAUCACAGGUUGCUCCCCCGGCGGUAUCGGGAAUUCAAUUGCGCGUGAGUUCCAUCAGAAUGGACUGCGUGUGUUGGCCACUGCCCGUGAUGCUGCUCACAUCACUGAUUUGGCCGAGCUCGGUAUCGAGACCUUGAGUCUGGUCGUCGAUGACCUCGACAGCGUCAAGGCAUGUUUUGCGGAAGCUGAGACCAGACUCGGCGACAAAGGUCUAGACUAUCUGGUGAACAAUGCAGGCCGAAACUACACGGUCCCUGCCAUGGAAGUCGAACUGGCUGAGGCACGUCAGACGUUUGAGACUAACUUCUUCGCCGUUAUUACCAUGUGCCAGACAUUCUUGCCUCUUCUGAUCAAGGCCAAAGGCACGAUUGUCCAGAUUGGCUCUAUAGCCGGGAUCAUUCCCUACGUAUUUGGAUCUGUAUACAAUGCAUCCAAAGCGGCACUACACUCGUUCAGCGACACCCUUCGAGUCGAAUUGGCUCCCUUCGGGGUGCAUGUUACCACUGUGGUGACUGGAGGAGUAUCAUCCCGUAUUGCACGGGGUGAACGUUCUCUAUUACCAAACUCCUUGUAUAUGCCUAUCGAAAGUGAAUACCUUCGGCGAGUCAAACACAGCCAACACAACGCCAUGAACAAUGAGGCCUACGCUCAUAGUGUCGUCAGACAAGUAUUAUACGGAUCUGCCCCAUGGCGCUGGCUUCCAUGGGCUCGGGGUCGCAAGACUUGGAUCUGGGAAGGUAAUUGGAGCUGGGUGGUCUGGCUCGCAGUCGGAGGCUGGGCAUGGAAUGGAUUCUUCCAUCGGGUGAUUUCUAACAUGUUUGGACUGUGGAAGAUCAAGGGUGAGUCCUCCGUUCAGUCUCGUCUGGCUCAGCAGCAAAAGCGAAACCUGUCUAUCCAUGAAUACCUUUCCGCACGUCUUUUGAAGUCGUAUGGUGUUGGUGUUCCCAGGGGCGAGGUCGCUCACUCCGGUGCUGAGGCUGAGGCUAUUGCCAAGUCUAUCGGAGGUGAUGAUUUGGUUAUCAAGGCCCAGGUCCUUGCUGGUGGUCGUGGAAAGGGUACCUUCGACAACGGUCUUAAGGGCGGUGUCCGUGUGAUCUACUCUCCUACCGAGGCCAAGAUGUUCGCCGAGCAGAUGAUCGGCCACAAGCUCAUAACCAAGCAGACCGGUGCUGCUGGUCGUCAAUGCGACUCUGUUUUGAUUUGUGAGCGCAAGUUCGCUCGCCGCGAGUUCUACCUCGCCGUCCUGAUGGACCGUGCUACCCAGAGCCCCGUCAUCGUUUCCUCCUCGCAAGGUGGUAUGGACAUCGAGACGGUCGCCAAGGAGACACCCGAUGCCAUCACCACUACCCCCAUCAACAUCCACGUCGGUGUCACUGACGAAAUCGCCCGCACCAUUGCUACCGAUCUUGGCUUCUCCGCGCAGUGCAUUGAGGAGGCCAAGACCACCAUCCAGAACCUCUACCGUGUCUUCAUGGAGAGAGACGCCACUCAGCUUGAGAUCAACCCUCUGUCCGAGACCUCCGACCACCAGGUCUUGGCCAUGGAUGCCAAACUUGGAUUUGACGACAACGCCGAGUUCCGCCAGAAGGAAGUCUUCUCAUGGCGCGAUACCGCCCAGGAGGAUGCCGAUGAGGUCAAGGCUGCUGAGUACGGCCUUAACUUCAUCAAGUUGGACGGUGACAUUGGUUGCCUCGUCAACGGCGCCGGUCUUGCCAUGGCUACCAUGGAUAUCAUCAAGCUGAACGGUGGUAGCCCUGCCAACUUCCUUGACGUUGGUGGUGGUGCCACUCCUGCUGCUAUCAAGAGCGCUUUCGAGCUGAUUACCAGCGACCCCAAGGUUUCCGCCGUCUUCGUCAACAUCUUCGGUGGUAUCGUCCGCUGUGACGCCAUUGCCCAAGGCCUUAUCAACGUUGUGCACGAAAUGGGUCUGCGCACCCCCAUUGUUGCCCGUCUCCAGGGUACCAACAUGGAGCAGGCUCACAAGCUGAUCAACGAGUCCGGUCUUAAGAUCUUCUCCAUCGAGGACCUCCAGAGCGCUGCUGAGAAGUCGGUCCAGUUCUCCAAGGUUGUCAAGAUGGCCCGCGAUAUCGAUGUCGGUGUUGAGUUCACCCUUGGCAUCUAA